CAGCCCUGUUUGAAUCAUGGAGUGCCAGCCACUAGUAAUCUUGUGGGAAGACUUUCAAGAAGUUGUUCUUGGCCUCAUUGCUCUGUUGAAAAAUUCAAGGCCAGAAUAAUUUAUUCAAAUUUUCGGGUAUUAAUACCUCACAUACCAUGAACAAGAGUCACUUUUCUGGGACCAUGAAGGCCUUAAGACUCCUGUGUUUUUGUUCCAUGAUUCUGACAGCUCUAGUCCAGCCUGUUAGAUCAAGCUCAUGCUUAGCAUCGCUAGCCCCUCAGCUUCGUAAAGACUGCCAUCCUGAUCCUGGGGCUUCCGAAGCCAGUUGCCUGGCCAGGAACUGCUGCUGGUCUCCGCUGAAAACCCCAGACAUUCCUUGGUGUUUUGAGAAGGUCGAUUUAUGUUCUAUAGUACUUGACUCCCAACGCAUUGACUGUCACCCAGAGUCCGGGGCAAAUGAAGCUGAGUGUAUAAGCCGCGGCUGUCAGUGGUGUGCCUCUGAGAACACCACCGCUCCGUUUUGCUUCUACACCUCCAAAGAAGAGGCUACUUGUUCCGCGAGAUUUCCCAUUCAGAAGCGCAUUGAUUGCCAUCCUCAACCAGAUGCUACUCAAGAGAUCUGUGAAGCUAAAGGCUGUUUCUGGUGUUCCACAACUGUUGCCAAUGUUCCCUGGUGCUUCUACCCAGCUGAUGGCCCAUAUGGCUACAUUAUGAAAGGCUCACCUCAGAAAACAGCUCUAGGAUGGAGGUUAACAUUAAACAAACGUGACACUAUAUCUCUCUUUGGAAAUGAUAUUUCCCCAGUUGUAAUGGAUAUAGAAUUUCAUACUGAGGAUCGGCUCCGAUUUAAGGUUUAUGAUCCUAAUAAUAAACGAUUUGAAGUUCCACUCAGUAUUGAACCUUCUUCAAAUUUGUCUGUUGACCCCAAAUAUGACAUUGAAUUUGUAGAUAAUCCAGUCCUUCAAUUCAGA